GAAGAACUUGCUUUGUUGUUUUACGUUUUUGUUCAAUCAAAAAAGAGACCAUCGGUCAAGAUUUAUUGUUCUGUUCGAUCAAAGAAGGCGUAUGCGUCAUGGGGAAGGAAAGGGAUGAUCUGCGGGUGUAACCGUUGCGAUAAAUGACCUUCUAUUUAUACGUAAUCUCGUCAACUCGGCCUUUUCCUUGUUUUAUCGCUUUCUCCUAUUCUUUACUAUUUGCACGUUCUAUUGAUUGCGGUAAAAUUGACGUUCCUGCCAAUUCACAAUUAAGGGCCAUUGCUUUAAAUACGCGCCACGUCUUGCUAACCAGCGUCUUUUUUUUUUCCUCUUUUUCUUUCUCUUUCUCUUUCAUUCGUUUUUUUUUUCUCAAAAAACCCCCAAUCCAUUCCUUUGAAAGCUCCACCAAAGCCUUUCCUCCCCCUCCUCUUCUCUUCACUUCCCUCUUCUUCUCCUCUCACCCUAAUUCUCCCGCCCUGGCUCGAGCCAAGUCUUCUAUAUCCUUCUUUCCGCAGCAUUUCAUAGAAGAAUCCCUUGGUUUAUUAUUAUUAUUAUUAUUAUUAAUAUCUAGAGCCCCAUUCCAGCUUUUUUUUUGGCACGCAUUUUUAGACAACCCCACACUCUUUUUUCUUACCAAAAAAAAAAGUACACACCUAAAUGAUGAACGAUCCAUUUAAUGCAACCCCGAUCAUGCUUCGCCAUCCAUCCUCGAUGGUCGCGGACGAGAAAUCAAUGAUAAUGAAACUCAAUCAGGUAAACAAUAACAACGUGGUUCGUCGUCGGUGGUUGGAUUGACGCGGUGGCACAAAUAACGUAGCAAAAUUACGCUUAUUUGGUUGGAGGACUCGUGCUACCAUAAAUUGGGAAAAAUCAAGCAGGGCAA